CCCAAAGCGAUGGCAUCCCAUCAACUUGCCAUCGCGAAGGCCUCCUUCUCCGCGGGGCUGCUGCGCCCCGACCCAACCUCUGUGCCCCGCGACGCCAUCACCGCAUUCCACACCUCGCUCGACCGGGCGCUGUCGCAAUGCACCCCGGCAAACAUCCAGGCCUGCAAGACCUGGCUCAUCGACCACCAAGUGGUCUCCUCGUCCAAUCGCGUCGGCGUGUGGGCCAAGUACCUGGUCGCGCUGUCGGCCUCAUUUGAAGAUGCAGCGGCCGCGGCCGCGGCACCACCACCACCAUCCAAAAAAACCUCGGCGAAACGCAAACGCCUCCACAUCCUCUACCUCUUGAACGACCUCUUCCACCACACCAAAUACCACCUCCCGACGACCGCCGCCUUCGCGACGCUGACGGGCGCCCUGCAGCCGCACGUCGUGGACCUCCUCGGCGCCGCCGCCGCCUACUCCCGCGAGCAGCACCCGAAACACCACCGCCGGCUGGACGAGCUCCUCGACAUCUGGGGCCAGCACGGCUACUACGCGGCCGACUACGUGCACAAGCUCCGCGAGGUCGUGCAGAACGCGGCGCUGUCCGGCCCCGUCAAGACCUCGCUGAUCGUCGAGGAGAGCCUCGCCGUCGCCGAGAAGGAGCUUUCCUCGUUGCAGCAACACCAGAAGACCGUGCCGUUUGUCAUGCCGGCCACGCAUGGCGAUCCCGCCACCCCGUGGUAUGACCUGCCCGCCGGCAAUCUGAUCCCGCACAUCAUCCCGGACGAGGCGGUGCCGCUGCGCGGGGACACCAUCCGGCCGUUGCAGUUUCUGGCGGGCCCCGCCGACGGGAAGUUGGUGGCCGCGUUGAAGCGGUUUCUGGGCGAGGUGGACGGGAUCUACGCGGGGGCCGCGGACGAGGCGGUCGAGCACGAGGAGGACGAGGUCGUGGAUCUGGAUGAGCUGGGCCAGCUCGUCGUGCGCGAGAGCUUGAGUGGCGAGAUCGUCAAGGGCGAGACGUAUUAUGGCUGGUCGAGGGGGUUCUGUCAGCAGAUGAAGAAACGGGCCAAGAAGGGGAAGGAGGAGCGCAGUCGCAGCCGCAGCCGCAGCCGCAGCAGGAGCAGGAGCACACGCAGUCGCAGUCGCAGUCGGGGCUCGUAUCACAAGCGACGCUACAGCGAGAGCGAGAGCGAGGCGGGCGGACGAUGGAGAGGCGACAGCCGGUCGCCGCGCAGACGACGCUACGAGUCGCGGCCCCGGUCCCGGUCCACGAGGUCGCGAUCUCCCCCGCCGCGUGGAGGAGCGUGGCAGCAGCCGAGGGAGCGGUCCCGGUCGUAUUCUCCCCAGCCGGCGCCGGCGGGCUAUCGUGCUCCUGCCUCGAAUCCGUACGCCAAUGCCCCCCCUCCCCCCCCUCCGUCGCUCCUUCCGCCGACACCACAUGCCCUUCCGCCCGCUCCUCUCCAUCCAUCCAUGGGCUAUCCCCCGCCGCCGCCUUCCUCCUACCAGGCCGCACUCCCCCCGGGUCUCCCCCACGCUCCUCCUCCGCCUCCCCCAAACUACCAGGGCCCCUGGCCGCCCCCGCCGCCCCCAAUGCCCUUCCCGCACCCGCACCAGCCCUCCCACUUCCCACCGCCAUAUCAACAGGGCCCCCCUGGC